AUGGACAACAUCGACGAGGAAUAUGACCGGCGUGUUGAACACCUUCACGACUGCGCGAAGAAGGCUGAGAGUUUUAAAACCACCAAGAGACACCUGUCUCUUGAAACUCUUGAGCUGAUACGCCAGCGUGGAGCAGCACGAGCCGCAGGGAACCAAGAACUCACGUCCGAGCUCUCAAGACUUUGCAGAGAGGCGAUAAAGGAAGACCUCAAAGAGAGAAGAGCAGAAGUGCUGGCUGAAGCUGCAGAGGCGAGGAAAAGCAUCCACUAUGCCCGUCGAGACUUCGCCAGUCGCAAAACAAGGAUGACUGCUCUCCUGAACCCAAAGGGAACAGCCAUUGCAUCGAGAAGGGGGAUGGAGAAAAUCAUCUACGACUUCUACACUAAUCUCUUCGACAGCCAUGUCCACUUGCGUCCUCACCAUCUGAGGGAAGAUGGACAAGUCAUUCCAGAGGUUCUUCCGUCCGAAAUACGACAUGAUAUUAUGUCGGUAAGAAAUCGUACGGCAUCCGGUCCCGACAGAAUAAGACCAGAACACCUGAAAAGCCUUCCGCCAGUACUCAUCAACACCCUGGCGAGGCUCUUUACACGUUAUCUGUCGGAAUGCAAAGUUCCUAAACAGUGGAAGACCAGCAAGACCGUAUUGUUGUAUAAAAAGGGAGAUCCACAUGACAUCGGCAACUAUCGUCCAGUCUGCCUACUGUCCGUCAUCUACAAGCUCUUUACAAAAGUGAUCCUUAAUAGGAUUGAAAAAGUCCUGGAUGAAGAACAGCCAUGCGAGCAAGCAGGGUUUCGAAAAGGAUUCAGCACGAUUGACCACAUUCAUAUUGUUUCGAAACUCAUCGAAGUAUCACGAGAGUACAAGAUGCCGCUCUGUCUCACCUUCAUCGACUUGAAGAAGGCCUUCGACUCAGUUGAGAUGGAAGCGGUCGUGGAAGCCUUGGAUAACCAAGGCGUCCCUACUCAGAACAUAAAGGUACUUCGAGAGUUGUACAGUAACUUCACGACCGGAAUUGCGCCAUUCUACAAGAAUAUCAUCACUGACGUGAAGAGGGGGGGGUCCAACAAGGUGAUACAAUUUCACCCAAAAUAUUCACAGCCACCCUCGAGACCGCAAUGCGGAAGUUGGAAUGGGAUGACAUGGGAGCGAAGGUUGAUGGUCGGCAGCUACACCAUUUGCGCUUUGCUGAUGACAUCGUACUGA